GAGCUUCCAUUUAUCGCCCCGGAAAAGGUUGCAAGUGCGAAUGGUGCCAAUGGCUCUCCAAUAUGGAUUGUCAUUGACAACAUUGUCUACGAUGUGACUAAAUUUUCUAAUGUACACCCGGGUGGCGAGAUGCCUUUGAAGAACUUCGCCGGGCAAUCGUGUUCCUGGCAAUUCCAUAAGAUUCACAGUAGGAAGACUCUGGAGACUUACGGGGAGAAACUGAAAAUAGGGAGGACUGGUGAUGUACCCAACCCCUAUAAAGAGGAGAGGCCCGGUAUCUCUCGU